CAUGUGGUAGUUUUGCAAAUGGCGUCCAACCGUAAGAAACUAUUCCUUUGAGCGGAUUCCCUCCCAAUUAGGCGUCAGAAUCGGGACCACUUUCUCCAUUCGCGCGCUAUGAAGUUCGAUCUCCUUACUCUUACUUCGUGGUCGCCUGUGUACACAGUUGGAAAACACCUCUUGGUUUUGAUCCGAGAUGCCUCUGAUAGUGAUAACUGGCAUGCCGUCCAGCGGCAAGACCGCGAGGAGUCUCGAGCUAAAAUCUUACUUCGAAGAAAGACUGAAAAGUGUCGGACAGAGCGUGAAAAUAAUCAGCGAACUCGACGCGAUAACCAAAGCGGGCUACGAUAAAAACACGUUUUACGAAGACUCGAAGAAAGAGAAGGCAGUCAGAAGCGAUUUGAAGUCGAACAUUCAUCGCGGACUCGACCCGCGCGAUCUCUUGAUAUUCGACGGCAGCAAUUACAUCAAAGGUUACAGAUACGAGAUCUAUUGUAUGACCAAAUUGUGCAAGACUCCUCAGUGCACGGUGUACUGCGACAUGCCGGUCGAGCACGCUUGGUUGUGGAACGACAAACGAGCGGAGCCCGAACGCUAUAACAGAAAAAUCUUUGAUGAACUUGUAGCGAGGUAUGAGACACCAAAUAGCAAAAAUCGAUGGGACGCUCCGCUGUUCGCGGUAUCGCCGGAAGAUACAUUGAUGUAUGACGAGAUUUACAAUUCGCUCUAUGAGGUCAAAUUGCCGAAACCAAAUAAAAGCACUCAAAACGCACCGUUAGCGUCUACGGAUUACUUGUACAUGUUGGAUAAAAUAACUCUGGAUGUGACAAAUGCAAUAUUGAUAGCAAGAAAUAAGGAAGUAAGAUACCAAGUCGAGAAGAUACCAAUCGAUAUACCAGGAUCUAACACGACCGUACAGACUACGUGCACAGCGGCGCAACUUCAGGUAUUACGCAGACGGUUUUUGAUCUACAGUAAAAAGCAACAAAUCGAAAUCGAUAAGAUCGCCACGUUAUUUGUACACUAUCUCAAUUCGUACCCGUAAUAUAGAAAAAUUGUACUUAAUUUUGUAAAAAUUUCUAUGUGUCACUGUUUUAUAUAAAUGUGUUGUAUAUACACACAUAUGUAUGUAUAUAUAGAUAUAUAACAUUGGCUAUACAAUUGUACAACAAGA